AUGGAUGGUCCUGCCAAGAUGAAAGUAAUGGAGGCAUAUGAUGGCGGCAAGCAAGCUGACAGCCUCAAGAUCGCCAAUGCUAUCCGCCCGGCUAUCGAAAGCCGGUUGGAUCAGCUGCGGGAUGACAAGGAGCGGCGCCUUUGCUGCAUCGACGGCACAAAGGCGACUGGUGACGAUGUGAGUCGCCCCGAGCACAACUACGAGAUCCUCAAGGUCUACGUGGUGAACCUGACUGCUGGAGUCAUGAAUGCGAAGGUCGCAGUUCUUUAUCUGAGCUGCGUCUAUGGUUUCUGGUCUUCCUCGGAAAUCAAAAGGCGUGGCCGGAAGGGCGAAAUCAAGGCUGGUCGAGACUGGGCAGUUUUAGAGGGGUCAAAUCUCCGCAAGCUCGCGGCCUAUGUCAUUACGGCCCUGAAUCGUACUCCGUAUGCGAGGAGUGAGGAGAUGAUGGUCCUCAAAGCCUUGCACCAGAGGAUUAACCGUACGGUUGUGCCUGAGCGGCCAAACCGCCGGUCGUCGAAGAGUGCGAUCGCGAUCGAGGGUGCUGGUGAGGAGUCUCAGACGUCGACGUCGUCAUCGGCGACGUCGGCUUCAGAUUCGACCAUCGAGCUGCUCGACUCCGACGACGACGAUCUCGAGGCGAGCGGCGAAGAUGUUGCCUCGAGCAACGAACGUGAGAUGCCGGCCCACGGCAACACGGCGGACGAACCCACAUUGCAAUUAUGCACAAUAUAG